GCAGCAGCAGAAUGACCAUAUCCAGUUUACUUGGGAGGGACGUCACUCCUGCACCUCCCGUUAGCCGGUUCGAGUUCAGUGGCCCCUCGCUGGCUGCAGAUCCUGUACUCGUCCAUUACGUGGAUGGAGGAGCAUACGCUCACGGCCAUGGCGGAGGUAAAGGAAGCUGGAAGGGUGGACACUCAGCGAUGUCGGCCUUAACACUCCUGGCGUUCCUGUUCUUCAUAAACCUUCUUCAGACUUGCAUACAAGAAAGCAUGCCGCCAACAGGGACAGCCAUGCUCAUGAUGGUAGCAGCAAACAGGAGUCGCCCACUGGUUCGCCCAAAGAGAGAAAUACAUCCGAACCAAGAAAUGGACAUAGAUGCCCUACCAGGCCUGGGCGUAUAUUGGGAUACGAACAUCCUAAUCCGACAGAAAGGGGAACCUGGGGCUAAUGGCUCAACUUUGGAGCAGAAGAUGAAGACCACUCGGCCCGCGAGUCAAGUUGAUGGGCAAGCCACCAGCAACAUAACACCUGACCACGAAGCAGAAAUUCCUGCAGACUACGGCGAUCAUCAGGACAGGACCCUCGUUUCGAAAGGCCUUCUGCCGCAAUCAAAUGAACGUUUAGAAACAGGCGAUGAUUUAACUGCACGUGCAAAUUCUUUCUUGCACGAACUGCAUACUUCUGAAAAGGAAUCAAGACAACAGGAAGAUGCAUCACUAGGCAAUGAAGGCUAUUCGACUGGUGGCACAGAAUUAACAAGAAGCCCUAAUCCAAGUUAUACCAAAUAUCACCAUUAUGACGAAUUCAGGCCCGUCUGGGACUAUUACCAAGAUGAUGGGUAUGACAGCACGCCUUCUGCAGUCUCUUCGCUAGAAGUGGGGCUCGGUAACGAGGGAUCUGUAAGCGAUUAUGAACUAAAUCUGUACCCGUUCAUGAACUUCGCAAACUACGUUUGGAGCAUUGUGGCGUCUGCUUCUAAGCGAAUUCUAUCGAGCGUGACGGUGGCCCAAUGUUACGAGUUGGUUGUCUGUGAAGCACAUCGUGUUGGGAGAGCCUGGGGAGAAUCGGGAAUGUUGUUGGCAUCCGGUCUCAGCGAGAUUAUGAUGUGGAUUUACGGGGAAGACGGUGAACACAGGAGACUGAUCACGGAAGCUGCGACGACCGGAAGAAAAAGACAGAGCUGCUGGGUGCAAAUGCAACAAUGCGAAGACAAAAGUCGAGAUAGAUCAUUGUUGCCCAUCAUGGCGACGGUGCUGGAAAGACUUUUUCUAACACAUCAAGACACUUCUGAAGUUUCCAAUGACAUAUGAUUAAAAUCGGCCUCUCCUGUCCUGAAUAUAUAGUGCGUAUAAAAUGUCUGCGAUACAUUUCGAAGUUUUAUCUGCUUGUUCGUUUCUACAGAUUAAUUCAUAGGAAACAUGGAUCCUUUUCUAAUAAUUCACACAACUUCAUGUAUGUACACAACAUUCAUAGAAACUACCUAAUAUGAGUAUGAACGAAGUGUUGGGCGACAAAAAUUUAAGUCUGGCUUAGUUAAUUACUUUUAUUGCCGUACAGAGCACUCAAAUCAAAGGAACAAAAUGGUGUCAAAGGAAGAAACAGCAAGAUGUGUGUUAUGCUUGUUAGGAUGUCAUUCUGCCAUUGUU